AACUUAUUUCUUACCACUACUAUCUUUCUCAAAAAUGACUUCAAGUCGUUCUUUAUCAUAUUCCAUUGAUGAAGAUAUGCACUUAUGUCAUGUGUAUCUUGAUGUUUCUCAAAAUCCAAUCAUAGGAAUAAACCAGUCAAAAGAUCAAUUUUGGGCAAGAGUUGAAACUGAAUACCAAAAGUCUGAGAUUUCCAACCAGCAACCAAGACCAAGGAGAUCUUUACAAACUCGAAUGACUACAAUUCUUUCAGCUGUCUCCAAGUUGAGGGGAUGCGUUAAUCAAAUUGAAAACAAGAAUCCUAACGGUGCUUCUGAACAAGACAUUUUGAACCAAGCAAAGAUGUUAUUAGCCCAAGAUGUCAAAUAUAAAAGAGGCUUCAAAUUCGACCACGUCUGGCCUAUCCUCAAAGGCAUGGAAAAAUUUACAAAUAACAACGGUAAUGCACCUAGUGCAUUCCACGAAGAAGGUCGUAAUAUUUCAUCAUCCCCAUCAUUUUCAGUUGAUCCUGAGUCAUCACCAUCCCCCGGUAUGAAUUCAUUUGAUCUAAAUAUAAAUUCUGACGAAGGCACUUCUAAUUUAUCUUCAAGACCUAUGGGUGUGAAGAAAGCUAAGAGAAAAUUACAAUCUGAAGAACAAUUUAAACAAUUGAUGGAGCAAAAUGAUAAACUUCUCAAAGCUAUAACUAAAGGUAAUUCGGAACGAAAUGAAAUUCAAAGGCAAAAGGUCGAGGUAGCAAAAAUGAAAGAAGAGAAUAAAAUAUUAUUCGCAGAUUUGAAUUCUAUAACUGAUCCUGCAUCUCGUGCUUAUAUCGAAAAUCGGAAACAAGAAAUUAUAAGAAAACGAGCUCAAACCAGUCAAUCUAACGAACAAGGAGAAGAUGUCCAAUACCAAUAUCAUGGAUCACAAUAUCGAACAUCACAAUAUCAAGGAGAUCAAGCUGAAGGACAACCAUCUCAUAGAGAACAAGUUCAAGGUGAAAACCAAAUGUCACCAAAUGAUCAAGAAGAUUAUACCCCGUAUUAUAAUUAUCUUGAUGGAGCUGAUAAUAAUUUUCCGGGUUUUUAGAUUAUUAUGUUAGUCAAUCUAAUGUUUUCCAGUUUUUUUUUUUUGGCAAAUUUAUGUAUUUUUUUUAUUUCUGCAAAUCUAUUUUCUCGUAUGCACUUUUUAUGUUUGGUUGGUGUUUAUUUGGGUAAUUUUAUGUAUUUUAAAUGAUUUUUAUG